AUGACUUCCGCUCCAAACCCCAGGAAGUCGGCCGCCGAAGCGGUUGAUACCUACAUGAAGCAACUCGACCGCUUGAAACUCUUGGAGCUCACCGCCCGAAAGCAACGUGAGCUUCUCAUGGAGAGAAAGCUGGAGGUUAUCGGUCCCUUGCCGCCUACCACCUUGGCCGGACACAUCUUCGAAGCGCUCAAGCACCGAUUCGACGAGCACGUCGAGCUGGAGGACAAGCAGCUCGUUGAGCUCGCAGAAAAGCUCGCCUUCGUCGUCCGUCGCAAUCGCAAGGCCACCCGCGUCAGUCCGGACGGAGAAGACAAGUGGUACUUGCCCGUGUCCGCAGUCAAGUACACAGGCAACCUCUUGGAUCCCCUCGAAUCCCCGCUCAUCACGGCGCUCUUCUUGGCGAAGUACGAUUCCGAGGAGAAGGUGUAUGAGCACAAGUUCGUCUUGCUCUAUGAGGAUGAACUGGUCUUCGACGUGGCUAUCUCCGAUCAGGACAAGUCUGGCUUGCUGUGCCGGGAGCGACUUUUCAAGGCACUCGUCGAAUCUGCGGACAUGAUGGCCUUGGAUCAUCUCCCCGGGAUCAAGGAGGAAUCUGAGUGA